CUUACAAGAAGGAUGUCAUUCGAAUUUUUAUAAGUAUAUGUUGGUAUACAAUGCAUAAAUAUUAAAGCCGGAAGGAGAGUAAUAUAUGUAACAUCGUUUUUGUGCAAAGAUUCGGCUGUUCCUGAAUAUAGGAAAAAUGGGAUUUUCAUUUUUUCACUUCCAUUUACUCUUGUUGCAUUUUUAUUCACGGUGCAAUUGUUUCCCCUUUUCUCUUCUGAUGCUAAGUAGACAAGGUGAAAUUUUCAACAUAACCUUCAGGAAUUUUCAUGAGUGGAAUAUAUCACAGACAGACAUGCAUUUAUUUGAUGAGAAUGCUUCGUUUUUGGCGUUUGACAACAACGCUCUUAUUUAUGUUGCUAAUGGUGUUGUUAAGAAAAAGGAAUGGAAUUUACCAGAAAACUCGUCAUCUAUACUUGAAAUGGGCGAUGUAAAGUCAGUAGCCAUAGAUAAACGUAAUCAAAACAUAUAUUUCUAUCAGCCAUUUUUCCAAAUCAUUGGAAUGAUUUCUUAUACGAAACAUCAUGACGACUUUCCUUUCCGCACCAUACUUCAUGAUGUGAUCGGAUUAGUUGAUAUUACAGUUGAUUCUUAUGAAGGUUUCCUUUUUUGGAUAACAAAUAGGAAGAGUCCGCAAAUACAUUCUUUCAAUUUGCUUGGUGGGGAACCUAGCGACAUAGUAUAUAAAGGAAUGCUCCAUCCCAUAAAAAUUUCGGUUGACAUGGCGGCUAAAAGAAUUAUCUGGAUAGAUGACAUGAAAGGGACAAUAGAAUCAGCCAAUUAUGUUGGAGAGCAUCGAAAAGUACAUUCCCAGUCAAAUGAUGCACAAAGAGGGAUAUUGCUAUUGAAGGAAAACCUGCUUCUAGUUUUCAGCAACAGCCAAAUUAGUAUCGUCGCCAAUAACAGCAUUUAUUCAAAAACAGAACUUGAAUACCCAAUACAAGACAUUGCAGCUACGAAUAAAGUAAAUAAAGAUUUGUGCAUCUGGUAUUGUGAUGAAGUAUGUAUAUCUAGUGGACAAAAAACAUUCUGCAGAUGUUACGACGGACAUACUCUUCAGAUUAAUGACAGAGAUUGCAUUCCUCCUUCAAAACACACAUUCAGUGGUGUAUUUACAGUAAUAGGAGGUAAUAUAUGUGUAGCUGACAUCAGAUCACUUGGAAUGCCAACCAAGAAUGGAAUUUCGUUAAUGUGUUCAAAAGGUGUGCAAAAUGUCCGCGAAAUAGAAAUGGAUGUAAACAAAAAGUAUCUGUAUUACAUAUCUGUGGAAAGAAAUGUAUGGAAGCUUAAACGUAAUAUACUAGGAUCGGAAUAUUCUAGAGAUCUUGUUUUGGUCACCAGCAAUGUUUCAAUGAAAGGGCUUUCGGUUCAUAAAAAGGACUCGUCAUUAUUCUUUGGAGAAGGAAGAAAAAUUCGACGAUAUACUGAUUCCUACACAUACACCGUGAUUGAAGAUCCAGACUAUAUACAAGACAUUGCCAUAGACUCCCAAAAAGAAUACCUGUUUUGGAAUCCAGAGAACCAAAACUGCAUUCGAAGGUCAAAUCUCGACGGAACUAAAAAAGAAACAUUGAUAUCAUAUCUUACCAUUAAUAAGCUAGGCAUGUUUUUUCUCUCUCAAAGGUUACUUUGGUCUGCAUGUGGUGGAAUAAUGAGUUCAAGCUUUGAUGGCACAGAUGUCGGAGUAUUUGUUGCACAUGAGGGUUAUGUUGGAAAAAUACAUUUUCACAAGCGUCUGCUGAUGUGGAUAGUUCAAAAGAAAGAUAAUAGUAGAGAACUCUGUUGGCUCAAGUAUGGCAUAACGAAUAAUAUGUCAUGUGUGGAGAUACCAGGAAUAUCGGAUAUAUUCUACUAUGACGAAUUUCAAAAAGAGAGUGACAAAGAUCACUGUUUUUUCGAGAAUGGCGGAUGCCAACAUUUUUGUCUUGAAUCAAAAGGAGUUUGUGCUUGCAAGCCGGGAUAUAGCUUAAUAUCAGACAAAAUCUCCUGCCUCGAAGGUCAAAUUCACAAUACUUCAAUCAUACUACUUGAUAAUAUAAUGCAGAGUUUAUAUGUUGUGGAUGAGGAAACACUUGAACUUCUGACAGUUUUUGAUACAGAAAAAUUUGUGGAAGCAAUUGACUUUGAUCCAACCAUUAGCAGUUAUUACAUCGGGUAUAAAGAAAAAAUUGUCAUAGUGAAGACAAAUCGUGAAACUUCCACAGUUUUCCUUUCUGAUUUUAAUCUGGAACACAUGUGCGUGGGUUUCUCAGUAAUUAUAUUCACUUCAAGAAAAAACGACUCAAGCUCACUUCUCCAAUACAAUAUGACGUCAAAAAUGGUACACGCGAUAGCUGAUGAUCUGAAAUUCCCAGGUGAUAUACUAUGCGACACAAACAGUGGAAUUUUACUCAUAUCCGAGAAAAGGGAGGAGUAUUCGAUAAGAAACGUCUCUUUGUUUGACAAAAUAACCACUAGGAUAAAGAUUAGAAAAUAUGGAAGUUGUAGACUGGCUGCAUACCCUGGAGAUUCUGUAUUUUACUGUUCCGAUAUUGAUUCGAACACAAUAUAUGAUGUCACUUCUGCAGGGAAGAUAGGUUACUUCUAUAGUAAAUCGAAACAUGUGAUAGUCGACAUUGAUGUAGACAAGCUAUUUCUGUAUGGUAUACUUACAGAUCAAAGGUCUAUUCUGAAAUUAGAUCGCAAUGGUGCAAGUUCAGUAACUUUGAUAGAAAUUUCACCUUUGUAUGGUCGGCUUUCGUUGAUUUUGGUGCAAAAGGAUGGAUGGACAACUGAGAGUAAAAGCGGUAAUAGAAACAAAGAGGAUAAUGUUCAAAACAUCACUUUACUCUUUAUACUCACUGUCUUUACUGUUGUCGUCUGUGGGGUCGGUGGUUAUUUCACAAUUGUUUUUAUCAAGAAACGAAAACAACGACAUCAAUUGAUCAGUCCUCCACAGGAAUUGACUGAAAAUGAUCCCUAUGUGUAUCGUGAGAUUUCAGAGGCAACUUUUACAAGAAUAAGUAUCAACACUUCUACAAAAGAGGUUAUUCCAAGAUUAUAUGGACAAGGUGAAGCAAAUAAUUCAGUCCCCUCGGAAAUUGGACUUCAAAGGGGUACAGAAUUAAAAUCAAGUUUCUCCUAUGCCUAUACUACAAACGAGCGUGGGUUGUUAAAUGUUUCAAGAACA